CUCGCUUAUUUCAUUCGUUGAUAACUAUUCACACCAGCCAUUUUAGCCCGUUCAGUGGUCGAGAACAUCAAGGACACUGUUACACGACCGUCCGUGUCUGCAGGUGUCGGUUUGAUAUAUAAAUUUGACCCCGUUCGUGUGGAGGUCAAUGUCGGUGUGCCGUUGGUAGCGAGUCGGAGUGACGGGACUAGACGAGGCGUGCAGGUCGGAAUAGGGUUAGAAUUUUUGUAAAAAAUCAAAAGGGUACUUGAUUUUGACGCGAUCUGAAACGGUAACCACCAAAUAUUUGCACCCUGCCGGCGGGUCAACGCUAUAGAUAGUUUCAUCACCAUCACUUCGUCUCACCAUAUGAAUUGUGACACACUAAGUCAGGGCAUCUAAUCCAUUCAAUGGAAUCGACCUUUCUACACAAACUACGAGUAUGGUGCCUGUUCCAGCCCAGAGACUGGGUGAUUAGGAAUACAAGACUUGCACAGGUCCUGUGGAUGAGUGAAAACCGUCUACGAAUCCUUGUGUAUCUAUUUUGGCCAUACCCUUGGAAAUUUCGUCCUUCUUUUCUCUCCAUACCAGAGCUACAAGCCAGCCCGGGAAUCAUAGCGAGACGCAGGCAGGAAAUGGAGAUGAUCGGUCUCAAAUGGACCAGCCUGUUCUGCCUCCGCGAUACCCCACUAUGUACGCUUUAUCGCCUCUAUGAAUGCACUGUCGACUUCAACGAGGACGAGAUGAUGAUAGAAUCUCAAUACUGGUUCCACGACCAGCCAACAUGGCGUCUCGCCGACAUUCCAGAUCCAAAGGAUCCUGACGCCACCCGGUACGCUAUCCUGGCGGCCUUGGCUGAAGCACUUGUGCAGGCGUUCAAUUAUAAAAUUUCCCUUGGCUUACGCAGGGGGGUUACACGAGAUGAUCCUUUUCUCAUGCGCAAGUUCAAGAACGAUGCCAAUCCACCCUGGGAGGAGUGUCCUUGUUGGACUAGCGAUGUAGGCCCCCUCCCACAGGUUCUGCAAUUAUAUCCUCCCCUUCCACUUGGAAACGGACUAGAGCCCGAACCCAUCACUGCAACAGGCACAAACCCAUUCUUGCUGCGCAACAUCCGGGCAAACACUAACCAGUUACGAAACAUAUGAAUUGCGUUUUAGAGUUCAUAGCCAUGAG